AUGGAGGCACUACUGUCCAGGUACUUGGAGUCGUUGGAUGGGCAGCCACUUUGCGAGCGCCUGAAAGUGGUUCUGUCACUUGUCUCGGCAAGUUCGGGAGUUGCAGGGCUCUCGGGGUCGCUGGGCGAAGGGCAGAAGAGAAAGGCGGAGAUGAUGCAAGCAGAGAAGCUGGAAAAGCCGGAUUCCAGCAAGCCAGUUGAUGCCUGCGGGGACAAGGCUGUGCGCCUGAUGCAGAAGGCCAGCCAAAUGUGGCAGAACCAGCCGUCCGAGUGCCGGGAAGCGUACGUGGAGUCUCUGGAGCAGGAGAUGCAAGAGGCCGACGGAGCUGAGAACUCGGCCAAGCUGCGCAUGGUCCUGCGCCGAGCCGCAGCUGCGCUUUCCCCGCCACGGCGUUUGGGCGACGGAUGCGAGGGCAAGACGCCGUCUAUCGCAUGCAACGACCAGUCGCUGGCACCCAACUUGCAAACCCGGCUUCGCAAAAUCGUGCUCCGCUGCCUGGAUCGAGUGGACCUGGCAGAUGUGCGUCUUGCACCGGUGCUGCAAUGCUUGCAGUCGCUGCUCCGAACAUUUCAGGAGCUGGUCACCGGUGAAAGCAGGAUCGCUUGCAAGAAGCAAUGGGCUCGGCUACAAGACAGGUGUGCGAGCACUGUGCCACCCGAAGCAGCAGCAAGCUUGUCCGCGUGUGCAAAGGGAGCCGAAGAUUGUGCUGGCAUUGCCAAGCCCGAGUCUUCAGCAUCAUGCCCCCAUGGCAAGCUGAGACGAAGCUGCGCUCAAUGCACAGGCUGUCCACACGGCAAGCGGGCUAACGAUUGCCCGCAAUGCAGUGUUUGCCCGCACGGAAUUGUCAAGCGCAACUGCUCGGAAUGCACACCCUGUCCACAUGGCAAGGUCAAGUAUGAUUGUACGCAAUGCACUGGAUGUGCGCACGGUAAGCAGAAAAGGUUCUGCCUGCAGUGUGGCGCAUGCGCGCACGGCAGGAUCAAGCAAAACUGCAUAGAAUGCAGCGCAUGCCCGCACGGAAAAAUCACACGCAACUGCUUGCAGUGCAGCGGAUGCCCACAUGGCAAGCUCAAGCAGAAUUGCUUGCAGUGCAGCGCAUGCCCACAUGGCAAGAUCAAGACCAGCUGCGUGCAGUGCAGCGCAUGCCCGCACGGAAAUGUCAAGCGCAACUGCGUGCAGUGCAGCGCAUGCCCACAUGGAAAGAUCAAGCAGAAUUGCUUGCAGUGCAGCGCAUGCCCACAUGGCAAGAUUAAGAAGAACUGCGUGCAGUGCAGCGCAUGCCCGCACGGCAAGCUGAAGAGGAACUGUCGUAUGUGUGCCGAAGCAAGGGGAAAAGAGAACUGCGCGCCGCCAAGCUGGAUUUUCAAUUGUUUGGCUAUUGCAAAGUAG